UGGUAGCCAGCCCGGCGCGACCGAUUCUAUGCUAGUGCCAGAACGCGUCUCUUCCUCUCUCUCUAGCGCGCAGAACUGCUCACGGAGCCCCCGCCCCCAAAUCAAGCUCGCGCUUUUUUCCAUUCUCACCUCUCACCUCAAGGACUACUCCUGCCCUCAUUUCUGUUCCUUACCAAAUUCUGCUAGCAUAUUCUGAAUCUCUGAAACUGAAACAAUGCCGAAACGAAAAUUCCGCACAGUGUGUAGACGUGUGAUAAAUCGCUUUGUUAUUAUCAAAAAACUGAAAGGCAACUUCAGGACCACUGGGGUCGCUCAAAAAAUGGCAGAUUCUGGAGGUUCAAACAAGCGACGUCAGAAGUUGAAUGGAAGACUUUCAGUUGAUCGAUGUGCCAUUUUGGAGUUGAUAGUACAGAUGUGUUCGGACAACGCGACGCAUUUCGAAAAACUCGCACAAUCGGGCGCCAACGGAUACAACGAGCGGAUGCCAGUUGUUCAGACAGCUUUGCAGACUGCAAUUGAAACAUUGAAAGGUAACAUUAAAAAGCUCCAGGAAGUCGCGCCAAAAUACGAUUAUGACGAAAAGACGCCAGGGAAUGGAUAUAGAAGCCUCAUCUGCAUCUGCGACACCACGCUUCUACAUGUAGUCUCGUUGCAAAAAGCAGUGUUUGAACAAAGGGGCUAUCUGAUUUUCCGUAUAUCGCACUUUUGCAAGGAGCUGGAAGCAUAUGCAACUGUUAUCGACUAUCUCAACAAAUUUAUCCCACUGUGCUUGGAAACUGAAAGGAAUAUGCGAGGAUCUCUAUUCCCACCACUCGACGGAAACUACGAGACUUAUCAAGAAAUCCUCAGAGUUAUGGAAAAGCUGGACUCUUCAGUGUUUUUCGGCCGACCUAUUGGCUUCCAAUUUUCCCCAUCUAUCAACAAAAUUUUCCGAAUAAUUGGUGUCGUACUUGCCACUUAUAGUUUAUCCUGGGAAAAAGGUCAUGGAGCAAUUGGCUCGCUCAUCAACACUGGACGAUUUUUCUUGAGCCCCGAGCAACGAGCAGAGCGCAUCAUUAAAGUAACCAAGGAGGCGGAUAUCGACUUCUGCAAGGGCUUCUGGAAUCUCUCCGAGCUUAGUAAUAACAUGCCGAAAUUUUUCUGUCCAAAUAUGGCGCUCAACGAGCUGAGAGAAAUCCCGCUGGAUGGGGCGAUUCCGAUGGAGGGGAAGAGUGGAGAAAUGGUGAUGGUACCCGAACCAUCUGCUCACACCGGACCAAGACCAGUACAAUAUCGAAUUUUAUCGACAGUUCAUAGGGAGAAAAUGUCAUCGUCCGCUUUGUCAACAACACAUCCGCCAUCAAAAUAUCUCGUCUUGCAUUGCCACGGAGGCGGUUAUGUAGCAACAUCGAGCAAAUCUCAUGAGACAUAUCUUCGGCAAUGGUCAAAAGCUUUGAAUUGCCCAGUCGUCUCUGUGGAGUACUCGCUGGCUCCGGAAAACCCGUUCCCAAGACCGACCGAGGAGGUUUUGUUCGCCUACUCUUGGAUUAUCAACAAUCCGGCAGCAGUUGGUUGGACCGGUGAAAAAAUCGUUAUGGUCGGUGAUUCUGCAGGAGGAAAUUUGAUCAUGUCGGUGAACCUUCGUCUCAUUCAGCUCAACAUCAAACGACAACCUGAUGGUCUUGUACUUUGCUACACCCCGUUCUUGUUCCAGUAUCUUCCAUCACCAUCUCGAAUGCUCAGCGUCAUGGAUCCUCUUCUUCAUACGGGAGUAGUCUUGCGAAUUGUAGCCGCGUAUACUGGAGCAUACGGUGCUCAGAUGAACAACAAUAAGCUCAAAAAGAGCAAAAAUUGUCUCGGCGACAAUGAUAUGUAUGCUUCACAUCGAUCACUUCAGGAGUACGUAAAUGAAGUGCAGAAAACAAAAGUUGACUUUUCCGGUGGAUCUCAAUCAAUAGUGUCUCUUGUACAAAAAAGUCAUGAUAAUGACGGGUUUUCCAAGACAAAAGGAAAUUCUUAUUAUAAAAAGGAGUCGAAGGAAAAAGUUGAUGUAGAUCGAGUCGAGAAUGAAAUCGAAGAGAAAACUGACAAGAACGAUGUUGAUAGCGAAGACGAUGCUCUCGAAACUACCAGCAUUGGCAGUGUCCAAGUGGACGCUGAUCCAUUCCACAUUCAGUUGAAUCAGACAUUACACGAUGACGAUCUUAUAAGCUUCCUGAGUCAUCAUCCGUUAACUAAAUAUGCAAUGAGUCACACUCCAGACAUGGGUGAGGAUGAUAUUGAGUUGAUAGAUACACCUGUUGAACUCGGACUUGAAGCUACGGAAAAUCUGGUUAUCGAAGAGGAAAUUGAAGCAUUAACCAGUGUCGAUGAAGUAUCAACACCGUCCACAGAAAAUAUUCAAGAAGUACAUACCACAAAACGUCCGAGACUUCUUCAAAUGCUUAGCAGUGUGACCUCACGUGAGAGCCGUGACACUCAGACGGCUCCAUCUACGCCAUUACAACAGCCAAAGCCACUUUCACACAGCAGCUCGAUGAACGGAUUCAAUCCUCCAGUACACAAACGAUCGUUAUCGCAAAGUUUGGCGGACACAGCCGCAUCGACGGCGGCAUACGCGCUGGACAACUUACAAGAUUGGUUCGAGCGAGCGCCAAAAGAGAAGCAAAAGUUGGACAGGACCAUCUCCAGAAAAGACGAAGGGGAUUUUCUGGAAGAAGUUAUUGAAGAGGACGAACGUCCGUCACACCUAAUCGAGUUGGUUUCGGCAAACACCGUUCCCCGAGAUCCGUUGAUUUCACCAAUGUACGCGGACAAUGAGACAAUGUGCCAGUUGCCUCCCUGCUAUUUUAUGGCUUGUCACAUGGACCCACUUCUUGAUGACACUAUCUCAUUUGCUGGAAAACUGCGUGAUGCUGGUGGAAAAGUAAUGUCUGUAGAUCUACUCUCGUCAGUUCCUCACGGAUUCCUCAAUUUUACGCUUAUUUCUCCCGAAUGCAAAAAAAGCGGCCAAGUUUGCAUCAACCGUCUGAAGGAAGCACUUGGAAUAAAUGAAGAGCCCCGAUAGUAUGCAACAGACAAAUGCAUAGUAAUCCUAUUUUAGCAAUUUGGCAUUUUCUAGUACAAGUAACGUUAGUAUCAAGGGUUAUAACCUAUAGCAUUCGGUCAUUUGUGUCAAAAUCUGUGAAUUUAAGUUUCAUCGGAGGCACCGCAGAAUGAUACGUGUAUUAUGAUUUUAUUGAUACCCCCUUCCCCAACAUCUCUUUUUAUUCCAAUGGCUUUUAUUGUCGCCUCAUUUCUGAGUACAGUUCACUGCCAUAGUUCCUGUUUCAUGGGUUUUUUGUUUGCAAUUAUUUCUUUCCCCCUUCAACACCUUCAGCAAUAUUAAAUUAUUUGAAUAUCACAACAACAAAAAAAUUUGUUUUAUAAAUAUGAAUAACAAUUAAACUGAAGCUAUUGU